UUAUGAAGCAUUUACGGUUUCAACCUUGUCGUAAUGUGAUCACUUUUAUUUCAAAUAAAUAAUAAAAAAAAAAUCAUUUAAGUUUACGCGAAAUUUCUCUUUUAGUUUUGUUUUGUUGCUUGCCGUGUAAGGAACGAUUUUGAGAAGAUGAAGUUUAUGGCGAUUUUUGUGCUUUUAUUUACCAUUUUUUUCACAUUCUCGAGUGGAGAAAUUUCUAAAGAACUCAUUGAAGACCGCGACACAUGCAAAGAAUAUCUUGGUGAAUGUAUGACAUGGUGUAAUGAGAAAAUAAGAAUGCCAGCUAAAGAUUGUCCUAAAGGUUCAUAUUGCUGUGUUCUUCUUACGUAACUUGUGGAUGAAUUAUGGAUAUUUUAAUAUUU